CUCCUCCAUCAUCCUCACCAUCCCCUCCUCCUGUAUCUCCUCCUCCCGCUGCUCCCGCUGCACACAGAGGCCAUAUUGGUGUUUUUGUUGGGAAUCAGGCGCGAACAGAGCUACUAGUUUUCCUUCCCUACACGGCUACAAGGGGUUAGCUGGCGUUAUUCACGCCCACAGACACACCUAAGCGUCGUGUGCCUGUCGCAGACUGCGAGGAGGCGGCUUCGAGUUGUAACCGGUAUCAGGACUUGUGAUUUCUUUGUCCCGAGCUGAGCGUUUAUUAUUAUUUUUCCAAAAAACAGAAAUUACAUAAGAGCAGCGAGGCUCAUGGCACUGCAGUGAUCCGAGCUAAACAGCACACAAGAAACACUGCGCUCUGUGCUGAACAGUCACCCCGCCGCCUGCUGCUUGACUCAGCUGAAAGGAGACCAUGGUCUAUUCUAAAGUGCACACACACACUGCUCAACAGCAUGAAGCAGACAACACCGGCUAUACCUACUCUCUCAGUUCCAGUUACUCCACUGCUGCUCUGGAGUACGAGAGGGAGCACAAACUCGCCCCCGUGUUCGAGUCGCCCAGAAUGUCGCGACGCAGCCUGCGUCUGCGUGCCAACUCCUCACACUAUGGAGACGACAGCCUGCUGGACUCCUCAAUCAACCGCAGCGCUUCCUACGCUACCGAAAGCCGUGUUCACCGGGAGAGCAAGACCGUAAAGAGCCGAAGAUCUCAACGCUCUGUAUCAGGUUCAAGUUCUGUCUUUCAGACUCCAGUGAAGAGCCAGUCCUUGGCACUACAAGCCCAUAACAGCAGCACGCUCAGUUGUGCUGCGAGUGAUGCCUCACUUCUCUCCUCCAUGUUGGACGAGUCGAGCAUCCAGGAGCGCACCCUUGUUGACAGCUUUUGGGGAUUGGAUAAGGAUGGAGAUCUCAAAGAUCGGACUCUCCACGCGGACCACAGCUUCUCUCUUAACAACAGCGGCAUGCACGUGGCUCAGACGCAGACCUCCACCCUACAUAGUGACUACAUCUGCAAUAACUGCGUGGCCAGCCACUCUGACCGGAGAGAUGCUUUCCAAGCCUCCACCUCCUCCAAGAACUGUUCCUCCUCCUCCUGUUCUUACUCCUUAGCUGCCCUGAACAGAACGGCAGUGGACGGAGGCGCCACAGCUGCGAGCACAGCCUUUUCUCCUCCUCACACUACAGUGUACAGCCGAGAGAGGAGCCGACGACACAGAGCCGGUGUGCUCGGAGUUGUCUCGGAGGUCUUCCUGCAUUACAGCAGGAGAGUCUGUACCUCUGUUUUCUGUGUAUUUGCCAUACUCAUGCAGAGCGUUCUCAAGACCUGCCAACUAGGCAAAGUCCAGCUGUGCUCACUGGCAGACCGGUGUGUGAGGGUGUGCAGGAAAGCAGGUGCCACCACCGCUGCAGCCCUCACACUGCCAGCUCAGUAUAUCAGUUUGAGGAAGACCAGCAGUGGCAGUGCUAACGGAGGUCAUGCUAGUUACUGUGGAACCAUGAAUGUAAAUGAAACGGUGAUUCAAAAGGACACGCACGCUCUUAAUGGCCCUCUGUGUGACGACUGCAAAGAAAAACAGACGUCGAGGACAAUCACGGACUCCACAGGGUCCUCCAGUGCCUUGUGGCUGGUCGAGAUUCUGUGGCUCCUCAUAACAUUCACAGGCAGCAGUGUGUUAAAGGCGUUCCAGGACCUUGUUUCAACAGCCUGGUUUGUCAUGAGGAAGAUUCCUUCUGUUCUCUAUUUGGCUGCAGUGUCUCCAGGGAGUGCAGCUUCAGGGGUGUUACACUGGCUGGGAACGGCAUGGUACCAGUUGGUCACAUUCAUGUCUCUGUUCAACGUCUUUUUUUUGACCAGGAUCCUGCCUAUACUUCAGAAGCUUUUCCUGAUUAUUCUUCCCUUUGUGCUUACGCUUGCCGUUCUGUGGUACUGGGGAAUGCUCAGCUUCUCGACACUUUGGCCUGUUGUAAACGUGACCAGAGACUCGACGAUAGAUGAAGCCGCCGCUUUUGAACACGAUAUUACAUUACCCACCCCAGUUGAUAAGGUUCAACAUGAUAUCAUCGUGUCCGAGACAGGGUCUCAGCAGGAACCGCCGGUUGUAUCUGCGGUCGAUUCGGGACGACUCGCACAGAUAGAGAAGAGCCUGGGUCUGCUGUGGGAUAAAGUGACCGCAUCAGGAGGUGAACAGGAGGAGAGACACACGGAGGUCCUGGGUCUGUGCAGCUCACUUAAGGAAGAGCUGCGUACAAACAUGGAUAAAGAGGCCAUGGGCCAGUGGGUGGGCAUGCUUCUAGAACAGAAAUUAAGCCUGCUAAAAGAAGAGAUGGAGAAAGAGGACGGACAUUCGCAGAAGAAUGAGGAAGAGUUUGAAGCCGGGUACCAAACUCAGGAGUCCCGCCUAGCCAAAAUCGAAGCUCUUCUUCAGGAGCUGGCGCAAAGGACUGAGGAGUUACAAACGAGACCAGAGGUUGAGAUGCCGCCUACUGUCAGCGGCGAAAUGGAUAGUGCUUCUCACGCGACCCUGCUGGCACAAGUGCGCAAGCUGGAGGAUGCCCUGAGCAGCAUUCGGGCCGACCUGCAGGGGGUGAAGGGCUGUAAAGGAAGGUGCGAACAGCUGGAUUCUCUUCAUGACACAAUAUCUGCACAGGUCAAGAAGGAGCUCCAGGUUCUUCUGUACGGAAGUGAGCAGAAGGACGUGAAGCUGCCGGGUUCUUUAAUGGACUGGCUUUCCACUCAGUUCGUGAGCAACUCGGACCUCCUGGUAUCACUCAGUGCUCUCGAGAAAAGUAUUCUGGGUAACUUGUCGCUUCAGAUGGAGGAGAUGCAACAAAAGCCAAGCGAAGAGGUGAUCACGCAGAGCAUCCUGCACGCCACUGAGCAAUCUGGCUUAUCAGAAGAGGAUGUCCAGCUGAUUGUGCAGAACGCUCUGAAACGCUACUCUGAGGACCGUAUUGGGCUUGUGGAUUACGCUCUGGAGUCUGGAGGCGGCAGCAUCCUGAGCACACGCUGUUCCGAGACAUACGAGACAAAGACCGCACUGAUGAGUCUGUUCGGUUUUCCACUUUGGUACUUUUCGCAGUCUCCCCGUGCAGUAAUACAGCCGGAUGUUCAUCCUGGUAACUGCUGGGCAUUUAAAGGUUCAACCGGCUAUCUGGUGAUUCGUCUGUGUGUAAAGAUCGUUCCUACGGCCUUUUCCCUGGAACACAUCCCUAAAGCUCUUUCACCUACCGGCAACAUCAGCAGCGCCCCACGCAACUUCACGGUCUAUGGUCUUGAGGAUGAACAGCAGGAGGAGGGGCAGCUGCUCGGGGAGUACGUCUACCAAGAGGAUGGAGACGCACUGCAGACCUACCUGGUCAUGGAAAACAACACGGAAGCCUUCCAGAUUAUUGAGCUGCGAGUGCUGAGUAACUGGGGUCACCCCGAGUACACGUGCCUGUACCGAUUCCGGGUUCACGGCGAGCCGGUACAGCUGUGAUCGAACACUAAAUUGGAUGUGGAAUUUCACAGAGGACAUCCCACGCCACACUGACACAACAUGGAAACACACAUGAUCACUUUUGCUUUAACUCAGAGUGUUGCCUCUGUGCUUUGCACUUCCGUACCUCUCGGACAAUAGAAAGUUCUCCAUCUGGAACCUGUGUUUUUAAUUAUUAUUUUUUUUCUCCUCUUUCACCUCUGUGUGAUUUUACUCCGGCAUGCGACACAGACAGAGCAGCGAACUCGGCGUGGUCUGAACUGCACUGAAGAACACUCAGUAUGUUGAUUCGAAACAAAAUGGACUACAGUGUAUUUUAAACAGCAUGUUUGUACAUAAUGUUAAUAGUUUGUCCGCUUUAAGUGUGUCUAAUAAUUUUGCAUUUUCCUAUAUAGUGUAAUGAUUUUUCAAGUGCCCAGCUAAGAGAGACUGUUAUUAAUCACUAUUUAUUUUUUUAUGUAUUUGUGUUGAUCUUAGUAAGACUUUAUAUUGUGUAUUUUUGUAAAUGCUUUUCAAAUCAUUUUGUAAUUAUCGAGGGACCACAGGUUGGAUUUUUUGCAAUGAAGUUAUAUUUUGUUCGUGUGGGAUGUUUAAAUAAAGAUUAAUUUUUUUAA